AAACGCAGUGUGAAAGCCUUAGCUUUGGGGCUGCUACCAUAGACCAAACGCACAACUUCAGCGUUUCUUCACCUACAUCUCUUACUCGAGGUGUGCGGGUUAGAUAACAAUGAGCCUGGGGGGGUGAGGGCUUCCUGCCGGUGCAGGGAGGACUGAGGGGUUAACGUGCGCGCUGGGGCUUUAAGCUGCUCUCCGGCCCUCGGGCGCUGCGCUUCCACACCCACGUCAGCACGGCCUCCCUUUUGUCCGGCAACCGGGUUUUCGUCUUUAGGGCUGAGCAGCGACCGUAUCGCCCUGCGCCGGAGACGAAGAGGAGAGACUCACUUUUUUUCCAUUCUUUUAUUUUCUCCUGCAACAAACACACACACACACAAAUGGACAUUCUUUCCGAAAUGCGGACGAAAGGAUCUUCACAGACACCCGGCGAGCCGGGGCAACCGCACCCCUCCCGCGUCUCGGCGCUCAGCGCUGACAUUUCCUCCAGUCAUCAGAGCCGUCUGCUGCAGCAGCUGGAUGAGCAGCGCAGGCAGGAACUCUUCUGUGACUGCAGCGUGCUGGUGGAGGGGCGGGUUUUCAAGGCGCACCGCAAUGUGCUCUUCGCCAGCAGUGGCUACUUCCGCAUGCUGUUGUCCCAGGGCGCCCAGGACUGCGGGCAGCCUGUCAGCGCCUCCUUCGAAGUCUUCAGCCAGGACACUUUCACCGUCAUCCUCGACUUCAUGUACUCGGGGAAGCUUGACCUCACUAGCACCAACGUCAUCGAGGUCAUGUCAGCAGCCAGCUACCUGCAGAUGACCGACGUCAUCGGCUACUGCAAGAGCUUCAUCAAGUCCUCCCUGGACAUCAGCGCCAAGGAGGAGGAUGACCACUACCUGAGCCUGUCUGAGAACGCUUCAAGGUCUGGGGGUGUCAGAGAGCCGCAAGAUUACUCCUCCAGCAACGCGGGGGCAAUGCUGAAAAGCCCCAGCAGCUCUCAGCCAGCCUCCUGGCACAUUUACAACAGCCCCGAAGUGGACUACCACAAGGAGACCAAGUCUGAGCCAGAGCCCGCCAAGCGCGGCUCAUCCCCGUCAGAGCAGCCUUCUCGGCGAAUGGGCCGCCGAGCCCUUCAGAUCGCUGACCCCGAGCUACACGCCUCACCUGGAGGGUACCAGUUCAGUUUGGGGCCAGAGGGGGGCGCUGGGGAGACAGGGAAGAAAAAAGACUGGUCUAUUCAGCCCGCGGCCACGCGUUCUUCCUCCGAACUGAAGGGGGCGCCCUCCCGCCCCAAAGCAGAGAAGGCUGACGAGCUCUACAACACAUUGCCCACUAUCGUUGGGGUUGUGGGCCUCUUCAACAGAGACGAGUGCCCGACCAUGCGGUUCAAGUGCCCGUUCUGCACCCACACGGUGAAGAGGAAGGCGGACCUGAAGAGACACCUGCGCUGCCACACCGGGGAGCGUCCAUACCCCUGCGAGGCCUGCUCCAAGAGGUUCACCCGCCUGGAGCACCUGCGCAGCCACUUCCAGACCAUCCACCAGGCCAGGAAACUGAUCUGCAGGAAGUGCAAGCGGCAGGUGACGGAGCUGAGCGGGCGGGUGGUGUGCGAGGGCACGCGCCGGUACCGCCUCUGCAACGAGUGCCUGCUGGAGUCGGGCUGCGACAGCGUGGUGUUUGACAGCUCGGACCCGGCCGGCGGCGUGAUGGGGCCCUAUUUCGGGGAGGAGGAGGGGGACAAGGGUUGGCCGAUGACAGAUGAAGAUGAUCUGGCGGAAGACUCGGGCGCAGACCUCAUCAUUCAGGAAGUGGAGGACAGCGACGAGGAGCUGGAGCAGAAGGAGACCAAGCCAGUUGUGAGCUAGAGCUCCACCCAGUGGAGGGAGUAUGAAUUGAAACCCAUACUUGUUGGGUCCUGGUCUGUGGGUGUGGGUUUGUCACAGGAGUCAACAGUUUUGCAUGCAUGUGUAGAAUCCCUGCCUUCACAUUCUCCCAGUCCCAACACUAGAACUGGAGCCACAGAACAUUUUUUCAGUAUUUUAUUUGGAGGCAGUAAGAGUUCUGAAUAGAAGCUGUCGUGGACACUGUGAAGCUUUGAGCAUCAACAAUGGUGACACUUUUAAAUUGCCAAAGGAAUCUUAAAUGGAUUUUUAAAAAAAGUCCUGCAACUUCAUAUCCUAAACAUGUUUGGAAAUCCAUCUCUUAGAAAAGCACCUACAUUUUUAAAAAGACUGCCCUGAUUUUGUAGUAACACUAAAGAAGCAGCUUUGAUUGUCUGAUAAUGGCUUUUCUUAGUCACCUGUCGGGUUGUUGUUGUUCUGAAUUUUUAAAGAAUGGCUGAAAAAUA